GCAUUACUUAUGUAUGUACAAAAUGUACUUAUGUACAUAUGUUUCUUAGUAAGCCACACGCACGCUGGCCCCCACAAAUAAAGAGUCGAGAAACCGAGGCAUACCCAGAGAAACGAGCCCACGAGCGAACGGCGGGUAUUCUCAGUCAAACAACAAACGCAACUGAAGUAACAACGGAUCCGCGUACCGCCCCCUAGAAAUAAAAGUGAAAUUCUACGAGUCUUGCAACCCGGUCUAUCCCCCAAGGUGUAACGCUUCCAGAAAUCAACGGAAUUAAAGCGAAAAUCCCAUCCCGCCCAAAAGUUAUGAUAAUUGUGGAGUGCCAAUUGUGACCUGACUUCAUGUUCAAGCUGCCCAGCCGCGAGAGGUUCGGAGUCUGGGUGCAGCGCCUCCUUGUCAUUGCCCUGCACCUUUGGCACCGCAGCAGCAUGUCCUUUGCCCGCGGACGCCAGGAGGCGCUCAAAUGGAUUAAGCGCCGCCUGGCCAGGAGACGAUGUCACACCGACACGAACACCGCCGAGUCAGGGCGAGCAGAAGCAGCUGUUUCUGUUUCAGAUUCUGGUUCUGUCUCGGAAGCAGGAGCAGAAUUAGCCGAGAUCUUGGUACUGAAUGACACCCAAAUCGAUGGAGACGCCGAGGAGAGGCCAGCCGAAACGAUCCAGAUCCUAGAGUCCCCGCCAGCUAAAGUCUUGACCAAUGACAGGGACAUGAAAGAGGUUAAAGCAGCGCCCAUUGCCCGCAACGAAGAGGUGGAUGAGGUGGAGGUGGAGGCUCCUCUAGAGGUUCUAGAGUCUCUGGAGGAUCCAGAGGUGGAGCAGCUGUCGGCAAACGCUAAUUAUGUGUGCUGUCGAUAUCCGGCAACAAGCUCCACCGCAUCAGCAGGCACUUUGAACCGCAGCAAGUCGCGGGUUCACAAGUAUCUCAAGAAGUGCAAACAGCGCCUAACGGGUCAGCAGCCAAAGACAAGUCCAAAGACCACCACUACCACCAUCAUCCUGGUAAGGAAUGAGCCAGCCAGCAUCGAGGAGAGGGAAUCCGAGAAUGAUGACGAAGAGGAGGAGGAGUUACAGAAGGAACUGGCAGCAGCGGAGGAGGUGGACGAGGCUGAGGAUAGCCCUGGCUCCUACACGGAUGCCCUGCCCAUCGACUGUAGCUUGGAUGCCGGCCAGGAGCAACGGGCGGUCCUCGAGAUGGAGCCGCCACAUGAGGAAGUUUCACGACAGGAAGAGCCAGUCGUCGAAGGUAUCCCAAUAUCGUUACCCACUUCGAGUCCAAUCCCCCAGCUUCCCCAGCUGCCCGACGAUGUGGAGGCCACGCUGGGCCAGCUGAUUGACAGCCAUCUGUCGCACAUUUAUCCCGUCUACUGGGCACGCACGCGUGCGAUAUUAAUCGACCAGGCACGUGAGCGGCUCGUGUGCGGCUUCGACGGCAGCCUGGUACGCUUCGAGGAGCGUUUCCUAUGCAAAUUUGCACAAAUUGCCGCCGCACUCCGUUCGGCCCAUCAAAUUGGCGAGUCCUGGUUAUGGCAUCCCGGCUGGCCGCUGGCAACGUCCAAUGGAGCUCUGGUGCUGCAGCUGAGCGACGCUGAGAUUGCGCACGCACUUCGCCCGGCGGAGCUGUAUCUCUGCAUCAAAUUGGAAGCAUCUGCGGAUAGCGAAGCAGACUCCAUUGCCCGGCUCUAUGCUGUUUGGCGCUCAUCCCGCAAGGAGGAGAGCGUCCAGAGUCACUGCAUCGAUCACACAAAUCCCCGCCAGCUACCACUGAGCGUGCUCCAACUGGAAAUGACCACGGCAGCGGCAGCCCUAAUGGCGGCAGACAGCGGUGAAUUGCCGCAAUUGCUGCAGAAUCUGCUGGUGAGCGUGGAGCGUAGCAUUGAGCGUGUGUCGCUCAAUGAGUUGCAACUGCAACAAAUGCAUCCAGGAGAGGAUCUACUGGAUGAGGCCAACAACAACAACAAUAAUAACAAUAACAAUAAUAAUGGUUGCAGUCACAGCCAAAGUUUGGUGGGAUCACCCAAGUGUGCGUUGCGACGCAGCGAUUUGAUAACCAAAAACAAACUCUUCAACAGCCGGUACAUGCUCCGGCGUCUGACCAAUCGGCAGGAUAGCAUGAACUCCACCUCGUCGGGCAACAGCAAUGUGAGCGACAGGAGCAGCAGCUCCAGCUCUGGAUCCAGUGCCGGCGAGGAGCUGCAGUGCAGCAGCAAUGAGGCCAAGAAGCGGAACAGUAAUGGCAACGAGGCCAGCGGAGUGUCCACAUCGCCGGCUCUACCUCUCUUUUGCCUGGGCAACUCAUUUCCGCACAUUGAUAGCGAUGAGGAGCCAAGCGAUUGCGGCGGAGCGGAGAAGCAUCACAGUUUGGAUACUUGCGAAACGGAGCUACUGCCUCCCAGCUCGAUUGCUGAGCUGCCCGAGAAACUGCUGACCAGCGGCGUCUACCUACCAGGCACACGCACCCUACGAGGCGACCCACUUGUGAGCGUGGAUGCGGCCUGUGUGGCGUCCGCCGGCCUCAAUUGCUAUGAGCUGGCUACGCUGCUCCUCUACUACAGCACAAUUCCAGAGCGCAGCUCUAGCUCCUGUCCACGUUCCACCCCGGCAACACCCGGAACGACGGCAACAAUCAAUGGCCAUAAAAGCUCGGAGCAACUGCAGCAGCAACAACCCGCCCCACAGACAUUUACCAUUUUAAUUGCCAUCGAGAAGUCUCAACAUUUAUGCGUAAUCGACUUAAUUUGCCAAAGUCUCAGACUCUUAGCCAAGCAAAUUGGCAAUUGUGAAAUUUUGGCCAUUUGCAGCGAACCAAGUCUAUUGCAAUUGUGCAAUGAGCAGCAGCAAGAGAAGCAGCAGAACAAUAACAGUGAUCACCAGGAGCCGUCGUCAUCGUCAUCAUCGUCAUCGUCGUCGUCGUCGUCGCAUUUGGUUAAAUUCAUUAGCGUGGACCAAGUCACGACAAGUGUUGCGCCAUCGCAGCUCCCCGCCGCCGGUUUGAUGCCCUCCAUACCUGCCCUCGCGGCGCUACCCGGUUGCGGGCAAGGCUAUCACGACACGGCCAAGUGGCGCGAGUUCUUCGCCCAGCUGGAGGCCUUCCAGCGGCAGUGCUCCCUGGCCGGCGGCAGGCUGGUGACGGCCCUCAGCGAUAUACGCUCCGCCGAUCUUCAGGGAUUGCCCACGCGCCGCCAGCUCUACGGUCAGCAUCGGGCACUUAGUCGUGCGCUGAUGGAUUCGCAGCUGCACAGCCUCCGCAAGAUGGGCGCCGGACAGUUGAUGCACCUCCAGGAGCUGGCCAGGGGCAUAACCUCUGCCCCUGGCCAAAGGAUGAGCAUAUCUCAGCCACCGUCACCGACUGCCAUGGCCUCUGUGGCCACAUCCUUGAAUCCGGAUGCUGCCGGGAAACUACGCAAGGUGACUCUUCUUUUCAAUGAAGUGGAUCGUGCUGCCCAGAGAUUGGAGCAACUCACAGAGCAAAGAAGGGAGCGCCUUCGGCAAUUGACCAGACAACGUGCCCUCGAGGAUGAGAUCAAAGAGGUCACCACUUGGCUGGGAAGCGAUGGAGCGGAUAAUUUGCAAAAGUUUUCACAAUUGCAAUGGGACAACGAAUCGCAGCUGAGGACCCAAGAGCAGGAGUUUGAGAAAUACUAUUUUAUAGCAAUGAAACAUCUGGCCAAGGGACGCGAUCUGCAUGCCGCCGCCCUCAAGGUGUCCGUUUUGAACGAAAGCGCCAACAACCUGAAGACCGCCUUGGAUCAAUUUGCCCAGAAACUGGAGCUGGCCCAUGAGCGCUAUGAGGCUGCCGCCCGUCUUCUUCACCUGCUUACCCAACAUCAGCGGGAGACCGCUGCCCGUGAGGAGCUGCAACGCCUGGCAGAUCAGCUGGGCGCCUCAGCUCUCUUGGAGAAGCACUGGCCGGCAAUGCGUAAGAGUCACUCCCUCCCAGUGGCUAGUAGCACACCUGCUCCCGCUUCCAGCAAAAGAGUUAGUUACCGCUGCAGUUGCAGUGGUAGCUCCUUCGAGGGUGGACCCUCAAGCAGCAGUUGCAGCUGCUGGCGAGAGAGUCGCAACCUGGAUGACAUGGACCAGAUGGAGGAGGAGGAAGAGGAGCUAGAUCGCGUCUGUGACGGCGGUGAGGGAGAGGAGCAACAGUCCAAGAUUGCCGACUCCGGUGUAGGAGUCUGCGACAAUUGUGAACGCAACCCGAAGCUGGCCAGGAUCUGCUCCUGUCAGAGUCUCAACGAAAAGAGUCACGAUGAGCUCAUGGAAGACGAAUGCUUUGAUCGACCUUCCAAGCGCUACAUGGACAUGCAUUCUCCAAUGGAGGCGAAUGCCCAUCUGCAGUGCCAUGGCUCCAGUUUGGAGCUGCCCAAGCUGGAGGAGCUAAGCUGCCUGGAUCCCAAGAUACAAAAAACGCUUCUAUUGAUCAUGCGCGAAAUGAUUGGUACCGAACGCGACUAUGUGCGCUCCCUGUACUACGUGAUCGAAAACUAUAUAGACGAACUUCUGCGAGAGGAUAUACCCCAGCCCCUUCGGGGACAACGCAAUGUGAUUUUUGGCAACAUUGAAAAGAUCUUUGAAUUCCACAACUCACACUUUCUGGGCGAAUUGGAGCGUUACGAACUGAAUCCGUUGAAGGUUGGAGCUGCCUUCCUGGAAAUGGAGUCCAAGUUCUAUCUAUAUGCGUUGUACAAUAAGAACAAGCCCAAGAGUGACACCUUGCUAAGCGAAUAUGGUAGCUCCUUCUUUAAGCCCAAGCAGAUCCAGCUUCAGGAUAAACUGGAUCUAGCCUCCUACCUCCUGAAACCAGUCCAGCGGAUGGGCAAAUAUGCCCUGUUGCUCCAGCAAUUGGUCAAGGCCUGUCGCAGUGUCGAAGGUGCUGCUCUCCAAGAGAUUGCCGCAGAUGUUGAGGAGCUGCAGCGAGCGGAGGAGAUGGUCAAGUUUCAGCUAAGACAUGGUAAUGAUCUGCUGGCCAUGGACUCACUACGCGACUGCGAUGUCAAUGUCAAGGAGCAGGGCAGAUUGUUGCGCCAGAAUGAGUUCCUUGUUUGGCAAGGACGCGGUGGCAAGAAGACGCUGCGUCAGGUGUUCCUCUUCGAAGAACUGGUGCUCUUUAGCAAGGCGCGACGCUUUCCCGAUCAUAAGAAUCUGGACAUCUAUAUCUACAAGAAUAGCAUCAAGACAUCGGAUAUAGGACUAACAGCUCACACUGGCGAUUCGGCCACCAAGUUUGAGAUAUGGUUCCGUAAACGCAAACCAGAUGAUACCUGGAUGCUGCAGUGCAUGUCGGAGGACAUUAAGAACUCCUGGACAGAGGAGAUCUCCAAACUGCUCUGGAAGCAGGCGAAAAGAAAUCGAGAAAUUCGUCUAGCGGAGAUGUCCUCGAUGGGCAUAGGCAGUAAGCCUUGCCUUGACAUUCGUCCCAGCAACAACCAGAUUAGCGAUCGCUCCAUUCCUUUGGCGCAGUUAAACAAGACUCCCAAGCUGCGUCACUCGGAGCCCGGCAAGGGCAGCAUGCGGCGACCCAAUUCCCUAAUCUCGGAGAGUUCUCUGUCCAGCGGAACUAGCACCACUAGUGGCUCCUCCAUUAGUGGUGCCUCAUCCUCUGGCCAUCACGAUGGAGGCGGUCGACACAGUUUGCAUUUUGGCAAGCUGCCGGGACCACACAACACCAGUUCUGCGAAUAAUUGUAGUGCCACCUUGGAGCUAAUCAACGAGACGCAGACACUGAAGCUGGUCAAGUCACCAAGUGGCGGAGGAAUCAAGAGCUCAGAGUCUGGCGACGCCGAAGGAGGCAGUUCCAGUUCCAGUCUUGCAGCUGGAAGCGGAAGCGGAAGAGUACAAGCAGGACUUGGGAGCAGCAAACGACACCACAAACGAUCGACAACCAUUGUCAGCCAACUGUCCAUGGAGAGCGGCAUUGUCUCCGACAUGUUCGUCACCCCGGAUCAGGAUCAACCAGCGGCAGCAGAGAGCAGCCGGAGCAGCUGGUCCACAUCCACAUCGGCCACAGCAUCGGCAGCAUCCACAUCGAGUGCCUCCACGGUGAUCCUGCGACGCUAUCGGUCCUAUGCCCAUGCAGCGGAAUCCGCCAGUCCAGAUGGUGGCAAAUAGAAGGAGCUCCUGGAGCAAGAGCAGCGAAUUUAGGAUUAGUAAAACCCCAUUUAAUAGCUUUAGCAGAACGGUUUCACCAUCGGAUCCAGAUAGAAGAAGCAUUAUCGAAUCGAUCGCUUAUUUUAUUUCAUUAUUUUUGUUAUUUAUUAUUUAUUACCAUUUACUCGUAUAUUUCCGUUAAUUUUUUGUCAUAUUCGUGCAUUUCAUUUUGGCCAAGAAAACCCCGAUGGAAAUGAUUGAAUUCAGCGUGUCAAUAUCGAAGCCUAUUUCAUACAUAUAAAACCCUCGAAAACCACACACAAUCGAACGAUCCACAACACAACACACCCACAAGAGCACCACGAAGUGCCUAGCAUAUCUGAAUCGAAGUUCAUUACGUACAGUUAGUUAAUAUGUAAACCUAAGUGCCUACAAUUAAAUAAUAAUAAACGAAAGUAAACAAAAAAUAUAAAUAAAUCUACGAUAUACAAGUGUAUCUUUAAAUAGUUGUGUAAGCGAAAA